UGCUUCUCUUUCUACACUGUAUCAAAACCCAAGUAUAAGAAGUAAAAGCCUGAGUCUCCAGAGCAUAAUCAAGUACAACAUGGAAGCAGAAGCAGAUGUUGUGAUUGUGGGAGCUGGAAUUUCUGGCCUUGCAACAUCCUUAGGACUUCACAGGCUGGGGAUUAGAAGCUUGGUGUUGGAAUCAUCUGAUAGUUUGAGGACAACAGGUUUUGCAUUGACAACAUGGACAAAUGCAUGGAAGGCCUUAGAUGCCCUUGGUCUAGCCGAUUCUCUUCGCCAACAACAUGUCACACUUGAUGGGAAUGUGAUUUCCUCAAGAAUUACAGGGCUUCAAACGUCUGAGAUGCCAUUUAAGGCAAAAGGAAAGCACGGAGACCAUGAAGUUCGAUGCGUGAAAAGGAAGUUGUUGUUGGAUGGCCUUGCAAAUGAACUCCCCAGUGGCACCAUCAGGUUCUCAUCCAAGGUGGUUUCCGUUGACGAAUCGGGCUACUUUAAGCUGGUUCAUCUUGCAGACGGGACCAUCCUCAAAGCCAAGGUCUUGGUUGGGUGUGAUGGAGUGAACUCCGUGGUGGCAAAAUGGCUCGGCUUCAAGCCGCCGGCAUUUACAGGGAGAUCUGCUAUUAGAGGUUGUGCUACCUUCAAGAGCAGUCAUGGAUUUGAUCCCAUGUUCAUGCAGUACUUUGGGAAUGGUAUUAGAUCUGGUGCCGUCCCUUGUGAUGAUGCAAAUGUUUACUGGUACAUUACAUGGACUCCCUCUAGCCAAGAGAAAGAGCUGGAAGAGAACCCAGCUCAACUGAAGCAAUAUAUGUUAAGCAAGCUCGGAAAGAUACCUGAUAAAGUAAAAGCUGUGGUAGAAAACACUGAAUUGGAUGCUUUUAUAUCCUCUCCAUUGAGAUAUAGGCAUCCUUGGGAGCUUCUUUGGGGAAACAUCAGCAAAGGCAAUGCUUGUGUCGCAGGAGACGCGCUCCACCCCAUGACCCCAGACAUUGGCCAAGGGGGCUGCUGUGCAUUAGAAGACAGCGUUGUAUUGGCAAGGUGUCUUGGUGAGGCCUUGUUGAAGAACUCAGGGGGAGAAAGAAAAGAUAAGGAGGGUGAAGAAGGAAAGGAAGAGUACGAGAGGAUUGAGAUGGGGUUGAACAAGUAUGCCAACGAGAGGAGAUGGAGAAGCUUUGAUCUGAUUAGUACAUCUUAUGUGGUUGGUUUCUUACAAGGGAGUAAUGGAAAAUUUAUGAACUUCUUCAGGGACAAAUGUUUAUCUCCAAUCCUGGCUGGUUUGCGGUUGAAGAAGGCAGAUUUUGAUUGUGGAAAGCUCAGCAUCUCUUAAAUGAAAUGAUACUUCCUCUGCAUAUAUAAUAGUGAUUUGCAUGUAACCUUAUAUGUCAAUCAUAUAUUAGUGCAAGAACUUUCUUUUGUCAUUUUGUAAUUUGUAUGGAGUUUCUGUAAGGGGACAUUUCUUUUUAAUCUUUAUUAACAACAGGGGAAACAAGAUUCGAACU